CUCUGUUUAGUCCAACUCUGGUCUGAGCAACAAACACAUACAAAGUGCAACAAAUACUCUAUCAGAGAAGAAAUGUUUCGAUGUUUGAUUGAGAGCAGUGAACAUGAUGUGUUCCAACUUUUAACAUUUCAUAGGAACAUUCAAUUCUAUUACCAAUCAUUUCUUCGGUGAACAGUGAAAACCAAACGUCAGUGGGUUUUCGUGCGGCUGUGUCGGGUUCUUAGAGUUACUCGCAGUCUGUGAAAUAAUGUUCGCGUUGUUUUCAUAAUAGUUAUUUGAAAUAUUUUAGGAUGAAAUAUAGGAGAUGGAUUGAUAACAAGUUUAAAGUACGAUAUUUGCUAAUGCGGGAAGAUGUGAUAUCAAGGAAGUGCUGAGUGUUGUCGAAUUGUGAGUGAACACAAGCCUUGCAUGAGUCAAGGGUGAUGCAUAGAUGUGAUUACCAAGAGUUAAAAGUGCGAUAAACAGACGCCGCCUGCACGGCCAAUGAAGUGAUCGAAUUGAUGCAACAAUUUAUUGUCAGCUUAUAUAGAACAGUACGGCUACGACGGUUUUUUGACCGGGAACAUGUACAUAUAUUGAAACUCAUGUUGGUGUAAAUUUGAAACAAAUGAGCAAGAAGUAGUUCAUUCAAGGGAUCACUAAUUGAACACUGCACUGCACUAUUAUUGUUGAAACAUCAACUUAGUUGCCAACGAAUAUUUUGAAAGUAAAUUCAUAUUAAGAGGAAUAUGUAAAUAAAAAACACGGCAAUCCAGCAACUGCCAAAAAUCACGGUUUCUAUUCAUUAGAAACAAUUCUUAUGAAAAUGGAGAUCUUAUUCACCGGGAGACUGCCAGCAUUACCGAUAAUUUACUCUACAAUUAUAUUUCAACUUAUAUGUUUUAUCCCAGUAAGCGAUGAAUUGGAAUUUACCCAGCUCUGUGGCCUAUGUAAUUGCUUUUGGCAUACUGGUAAGACAGCAAACUGUGAAAAUUUGUCGUUAACUGCGAUUCCCAGGGACCUCAGCCCCGAUUUGCAAUUUAUACACUUCUCCAAUAAUAAUAUUGCUGAAAUCCGGAAAAAUGAAUUCGCCGAAGCAAACUUACAAAACUUGCAAAAACUGUUCUUAAAAAAUUGUACUUUAAUGGAAUUGAAUCGUGAUGCAUUUCAAGGACUCAACAUUCUCAUUGAGUUAGAUUUGUCGAAUAACCUACUGCGCGAGUUGCAUCCUGGAACAUUUGCCGGAGUAGGAAAAUUACGCAAAUUGUUAGUUAAUAACAAUGAGCUGGAGUAUUUACAAGACGGACUUUUCAACGAACUGAAAGAAAUCCGUAGGAUUGAAUUGAAACACAAUCGUAUUUCGACAAUCGGACCACAUACGUUUUCUAACUUGCCAUCUUUAAAAACUAUCGAUUUGUCCUUUAAUAAUCUCACUUCACUGAAAGUGGUAAGCUUCCAAAAUAUACCUAACUUGGUAGGAAUUUCUUUAGAAGAGAAUCCAUGGAAUUGUACCUGCCAUCUACUUGGAUUUCAAAGAUUUGCAGUAGAAAAUGGAUACCACUCCCAGACUACCGCAUGUUUUAACCCUAAACAUUUGAAAGGAAAAUUGUGGAAUGAAGUGCCUCCAGAGCAAUUUACCUGCCGUCCGGAAAUCAUCGAACCUAAGAAGAUUGGUGGAGAUCCAUUUAUCUCGAUAGUAAAUGCCAACAACGGUAACGUGACUUUCACGUGUCGUGUUCGUGCUUCUCAGCAACCUAAUAUUGGGUGGAUUUACAAUACACGCUCGAUAAAUAAUGGUGAUCGAAGGUUCCGUGUAUUUAGUAGUGUUGAACCAACGCAAAGCGAUGACAUGAACAUUUACACAUCCGAGUUAACAAUUAAAGAGGUUCGACCGCAGGAUAAAGGCAUUUAUGGAUGCUUAGCAGAAAACACCGCUGGAAAAGAUUCAGCCGAAAUACAACUAAGAAUAUCAACUAACCCCCUUGUGUACGAAGGAAAUGAAGACUCGUCAUCCAAUUUGUUACUGAUCAUUUGCAGUGUGGCGAUUAUUCUUCUAAUAUUAUUAUUGGCCAUUAUCUUGAUCCUCUGCCUAUAUUGUCGGAGAGUGCGCUUUUCGAAAAAUGCGACAAUGAGCGAAAAUGGGCUAAUAGCCCCAGGAUUUGAUAAGAAGCUUAACAAUUCAAUGUUGGAAGGAUCUGUCAUUACUGAAGUACAAAAAAGUCUUCUUACAUCAGUGAAUCCCGUGGAAAAGCCACCAAGAAGGACAACUGAUUUAGAAUCGUUAGACACCGAAGAUGGACAUGAAACAAAAAAGACAUUACUUGAUGAAACUGCAUUUGGAAAUCAUGAUGAGGAAACGAAUUCCAUUUCAUUGUCGGAAACCACCCCACGUUCUAGGCAAACAUUCGUUGAUGACAGCCACGGCGCAAAUCUUCCUCCUGAUUUAUUAUCAUUUCAAGCGAAAAUGCCUCAGUCGCCUUCAAUGCAAAGCUCCAUGUCUAAUAUUCCAGACAAUCGAUUCUACGGAAAAUCUCCUCUGUCAAGUCCAGUUUAUCAACACGUAAUCAGUCAGCCACCAGGAAAUACCAAUAACAGUGGUAUAUAUGGUAUAAAUCCGGUAGCUUUCCGAACUUUGCAGCACCCCAAAAAUAAAAACGUGGCCUUAUUGAACAAUGUCCGGAAUAAUAGUUCUUCACCAUUUGUUCCAGCACCGAUUGUUUACCCGCCAGUGAUAAUGAAGCAAGGAUAUAUGACGAUUCCUCGGAAACCGCGUGUUCCCAGUUGGACUCCAUCCUGUAAUACCACUCUUUCAGAGUUCCAACCAGUUAAUCAUUUGCAGGAUGGUCCAUCAGCUUUAAAUGAUUCUUUGGAACCAGUAUAUGACAAUUUAGGCGUGAGAACAUCAGCAAGUGGAAAUUCGAUGCUAAAUUUAACGAAAAUUGGAAGCUCUUCUCAUCAACCAUCAACUACUAGAUACACCAUGAAGGACAGACCUCUCCCGGCUACUCCCAAUCUUAAUUCAAGUGCAAGUGGUAACACAGGGACACUUUCAAAAAUAUAUGAGCCUAUUCAGGAAGUAAAUAAUUCUUCAAUCACAUCGGACACUGAUCCUUUCUAUGGGACUGCUAAAAGCAAUGGUUAUGGAGUAAAAAUAGUUCCAAGUAAUACAAGCGGAAUAUCGACUUCUGGAACAAUGGAUAGGAUAUCGAAAAUUCCUCCUAGACCACCGCCGAAACCUAAAAAGAGAACUCUCGCUACAUCUGCUGUUCCUGGUAGUACGAAUCAAUUAUUUGAGGAUGAAGGUGAAGACGGUACAGAAGUUUAGCAUCUCUACAAAUGCUUUUCAUAUUUUUUAUGGGAAUAUUGGGAAAAUUCAAAAGUGUACUAGUUGUAUUAAGAUUGAAUUUUUUUAUUUUCUUCUCUCCCUGAUCGAAUGCACUUAUAAUCCUAUCAAACAUCGUGACUUUAUUUGAGAAAUCGAAACAAUACGAUUUCAAUCAAUUGAUGCAAUCACCAGCUAUAACAUUGUAUUUAUCGAUUAAUUUUUAUAUCUUUCUUACUCCUUAGAUUAAGUUCUGUAUAAGUCGACAACUGUUAAUUUUAAAAUAUGGACAGACAGAAUAUACAUUUGCAUGUAAUCUAAGUAAAAGAAUCAGAAUAAACGAAUAAUGAGGUGCAAAUUAGUUAGUAAAGUUAGCAAGGGCUACAAUAAGAAAUAGUCUAAAUUUGCGAGAAAGAAUUGUCCACCAACAAAUUACAUAAUGAUUAUAAACGAAAUCAAUUUGUCUUUCGAAAAUAUAAUUUUACAAUUACUCGCAUAGAGAGAAAUAUUCGCUCAAUGGAAUUACUAUCUUGUAUAAUCAUCUAUAUUAGGACAAAAUCGAGAUAUUAAAGUAAGGAAAUAUUUAUUUGGAUCAUCGAAAUUGAAUCUUUUCAUCAUUAAGGCUAGUUAAAUAUCUAAAACUUUUAUUAUAAAACACGAAAUGGAACAAGAAAAUAUAGGAUAUAAUUUUUAUAUUGUACGGAAGUAA